GCAGCUUGCAUGAGGGCAGCAGCAAACGCGUGGAGCGCGCACUCAACAUAUGACAGCUCAACACGGACAUACCUUACACUCUCUGCACAUCUUUAAGCAGCAUAUUUGGAUUACAUUAUGAGACACAGGGUUAAAGCCAUGCACUCUUGUUUUUCCCGCGUGCGUUUUCGAUGCUUUUUCCUCAUUUUGUCAUUUUUUUGCGAAGCUGCUACUUUUAACCUGGAUUUAGAAAAGCCCACGGUUUACAAUGGACCUGAGGGAAGUUAUUUUGGAUACUCACUGGACUUUUACCACCCAACACAAGAUAGAAACGUCAUGUCGGUGUUGGUUGGGGCUCCUAAAGCGAACACCUCUCAGCCGGGGAUUGUGGAGGGAGGAGCGGUGUACUACUGCCCCUGGCCGGCAUCAGACCCAGACUCCUGCCGCCAGAUCCCCUUUGAUAAAGCAAAUAACCGUAUGAUUAAAGUGAACGGGACACGAGAGCCUCUAGAAUUUAAAUCCCAUCAGUGGUUUGGAGCAACAGUCAGGACCCACAAAGGCAAAGUGGUGGCCUGCGCUCCCCUCUAUCAAUGGAGAACAGUGAAGGUCAGCAGUGAGAUGGAUCCUGUGGGAACCUGUUAUGUGGCUGUGCAGAACUUUAGUGCCUAUGCUGAGUAUUCACCCUGUAGAACCAAUAACCCAGACCCAGAGGGCCAGGGCUUCUGCCAGGCGGGCUUCAGUGUUGAUUUUACUAAGGAAGGGACUCUGGUCGUGGGAGGACCAGGGAGUUUCUACUGGCAAGGCCAAGUGAUAACAGCUGGAGUUGCAGAGAUAUUGAACGGCUAUUCCCUGAAAACUAUCCUGCGUAAAGUUCAAGGAGAAAAGCAGACGGUGGCAGCAUCAGACACGUACGAUGACAGUUACCUUGGAUAUUCUGUAGCAGUUGGAGAGUUCACAGGGGAUUUGGAACAAGAACUGGUAGCAGGGGUUCCUCGAGGGGCACACAACUUUGGUUAUGUGGCUGUGAUCAAUGCAACAAACCUGACUUUCAUUCAGAACUUUACUGGAGAGCAGAUGGCCUCUUACUUUGGAUACACCAUUGCCGUGACUGAUUUAAAUGGAGAUGGGUUAGACGACGUGCUAGUUGGAGCUCCACUCUAUAUGGACCGUGAGUUUGAGAGUAAGCCUCGAGAGGUGGGCCGGGUGUAUUUAUAUCUGCAAGAGGAUGUGCUUCUCUUUUCUCCUCCCAUCACACUCACUGGAAUGCACCUGUUCGGCCGCUAUGGAAGUGCCAUCGCUCCUCUUGGAGAUAUUAACCAGGAUGGCUAUCUUGAUGUGGCUAUUGGGGCUCCAUUCGCUGGGGAGGAUCGUGGUGGCAGAGUCUUCAUCUAUAACGGGCAGAAAUCCGGCCUGAUGUUACAGCCUUCUCAAGUGCUGAAAGGCGACUGGGCCUCAUCUGGCAUCCCAGCAGGCUUUGGAUUCACCCUUCGCGGAGAUUCUGACCUCGACAACAACCAGUACCCUGAUUUGCUGGUCGGUGCAUUUGGAGUGAGUAAAGUCGUGGCCUACAGGUCAAGACCAGUGGUGACCGUGGAUGCUCAGCUGAUUUUAAGACCCAGAAUUCUCAACCCGGAGGACAAGUCCUGCCGAAUGCCCAAUUCUGAUAUCAUGGUAACCUGUCUGUCAGUAAAUGUGUGUGCAAGGAUCUCUGGGAUUGGUAUUCCUGAUUAUGUAGCUCUGCGGAUGGAGCUACAGCUGGACUGGCUGAAGCAACGUGGUGCAGUAAAGCGGGUCUUGUUCAUGGACUCUCACCAGCAUCAGAGGAGCCAGCAGCUGGUUCUGGGUCAAGGGGACUGCCAGCACUGCCAUAACUACUCUGUGUACCUGCGGGAUGAGGCCGAGUUCAGGGAUAAACUAAGUCCUAUCAGCGUGACACUGAACUACAGUCUGGACCAGAGCUCUCCUCCAGUUGGCCUACAGCUGCGGCCUGUUUUGGAUCACUACAGCAAGACCUUCCAUCACGAGCAGGCAAACAUCCUGUUGGACUGUGGAGAAGACAACAUGUGCAUCCCAGAUCUCAAACUUUCUGCUAAAAUGGACCGGACUGAGCUUAUAAUCGGGGACGACAACUUGCUGAUGUUGACCAUUAAUGCAUCCAAUGAGGGUGAGGGGGCGUAUGAGGCGGAGCUUCACGUGACCCUGCCACCAGAGGCAGAUUAUAUAGGUGUGGAGCGUAGACGUGAGGAUCUUCAGCGGCUGAACUGUGAACACAGGACGGAGAAUGAAACCAGGGUUGUGGUGUGUGAUCUGGGGAACCCAAUGGUGGCCGACACAAAUUUGUCGGUGGGUUUACGGUUUUCCGUGGCGAGGCUGGAAGACGCCCCUCCUACCAUUGGCUUUGAGGUGCAGAUCCUCAGCUCUAACAAGGACAACUCAAAAAGCAUUCCAGUGAAUUUGACUCUGAGCAUAGUGGCGAGAGCAGAGGUGGAGAUCAGAGGUGUGUCUCAUCCAGCUCAGGUUGUUUUGCCUUUCCCUCGAUGGGAGCCCAAAGAGAAACCUGUGAGAGAGGAUGAAGUCGGCCCUCAGGUUCAGCACAUAUAUGAGUUACAUAACAAGGGUCCGAGUUCAAUAAGCAGGACAGUGCUGGAGGUGGGCUGGCCCAGUCGCUACCGUGAGGAGCACCUUCUCUAUGCACUUCAGGUCAUUACUGACGGACCGGUUCACUGCAGCACCAACAGCUCCCUCAACCCACUGGAGUUAGAGACCUCGACUCUUCAGGACACUCCAGAGUUACUGGGCUUCCUGAGGAACAGCAGUGGAGUGAUCCGCCGAAGACGAUCUGUUUCUAUAGGCCAAAGCUACAGCAGCAAAACACUGAACUGCUCGAAUAUCAACUGUCUGAUGGUGGAGUGUGUAGUGGACCGUCUGGAUCGUGGGCAAAGUGCAGUCAUCAAGUUCAGAUCUCGGCUCUGGGCUCACACUUUCUUACAGAGACGGAAUGACCACUACACGCUAAACUCCACAGUGUCCUUUCAAGUGACGGCCAUGCCUUAUCGUAUCAAAGCUGAGACACUCCCACGCCAGAGCAAAUCAAUCGGCACGUUUGUGGUGUGGGCCAUUCCUGACGUCUCCUUUGCCAUUCCCCUGUGGGUCAUAAUUCUGGCUAUACUGCUGGGACUGCUGGUGCUGGCUAUGCUUAGCCUAGCAAUGUGGAAGUGUGGCUUCUUCGAUCGCGCGCGGCCACCCAAAGAUGAUGAUGUGUCAGACCGCGAGCAGCUGACCGCAGAAAAAUCCACAGAUGCGUGAGAGCAGACCAGACGACCAGAAUGAACGAAGAGGCCAUGGAUUGAAUCUCCAUGAAGACAGUGGAGGAGCUGCGUCCAAAAGAGUUCAGUAUCUGCUGAAGAACACAGAUCCAUGCCUCUAAACAAACUACAGCUCCCACACUGGACUGCCAUCUGUGAGCUGGGCCACAGUUCCCCUCAAAAACAUUUAUUUAAAUUGACGGAUAAGAGCAAGAACUCUGAGCAUUGCACUCUGAUAGAGCUGUAAGAUCCACAGGAUCCAAUGAGAAACUUCACUAGAGGCUGAUCAGUUCAGUCCAAAAAGAUCAAGAUCUCAUUCUCCAGUCAACUCCAUUGACUUCCUUUUCUAUGGUUAUGAAGAGGAUUUCUGAGGGCAACUGUAUCAGUGGAACUCAAGAACAUUUGAUCUCAAUCACCAGCUCAAAACAAGAUCUGGAUCAGUCCACAAUUCCCUUCACUUUGGCUGCAUUCACACUGCAUCUAAAUAUGGAGUCACUCCUCUUUCAAGACCUUUUUUGUUUUAUUAUUUAAAUAUUAAAAGCAAACUGUUGGCAUCCAUGUUUGAUGUUUACAGCAGAGAGAGAUUUUAAAACUCGCUUCAAAUUAGAAUUUUUUUAUACACACAAAAUGAUAAUUUAAGUAAUCACACCAUUUACACUUUGCUGUGUGUAUUUGAGCAUUUUAACCGAAUGUUUCAAGAAAACAUUCCAAAAAGUCACAUAUAAUGUCACAUACUGUAUGCAAAUCCUUAACGUCACCUGCAGUACAGUUCAUAUUGUCAUAAAAUGAUCUGAAUGUUACAGAUGAGAAUGCAGCUUGUUGAUAAUGAUGGAGUGAUGCAUUUUCUGUGUUGUGGCUGAUUAGAAUCUUGAUUCUUAGACCCUGUUUACAUCUGUUAUUUAGAUGCAUUUUUGUAGAUCCAACCACAAAUGGACAAUGUCAAAUACAGGUGUAAACGAGGACUGAAACAUUUUGGGCUUGUCCACUUUUGAUGACUUGCAUAGGUAGCCGAAAACACAUUCAGCCAGCUGGCAAAGCAGAGGGGGUUUGAACUUUGCCCUCGAUUUGAAGGCUGAAAAAUAGAAGUGAAAAUCACAUAUCUGAAAGAAAUAUUAGAACAGUGGUCAAAAGUGAAUAAAAAACAACAAUUAGAAUACUAGGAGUUAAAGGAACACUCCACUUUUUUGGAAAUAGGCUUUUUUAUAUUUAUUUUGCAGCAAUCGAAAAAAAUUCCAGCUAGGUAGGUAGGUAACAGCACUGUGUAAUGUCAUUGUGCCUGCUGCAGUCAUAGUGUGGCAGCAAAGUCUCUUGAUCAUUAUGCCUAAAUGAGAGUAUAGUUCCUAGACAGGACAUUGCAGUGGCGCAGUGGGUUGCACGAUCGCCUCACAGCAAGAAAAGGUCGCUGGUUCGAGCCUUGGCUGGGGUUUUCUCCGGGUGCUCUGGUUUCUCCCCACAAGUCCAAAGACAUGCAAUACAGGUGAAUUGGGUAGGCUAAAUUGUCAGUAUUUGUAUGUGUGUGAAUGAGUGUGUAUGGGUGUUUCCCAGUGAUGGGUUGCGGCUGAAAGGGCAUCCGCUGCAUAAAACAUAUGCUGGAUAAGUUGGCGGUUCAUUCCGAGGUGGCGACCCCUGAAUAAUAAAGGGACUAAGCUGAAAAGAAAAUGAAUGAAUGAUUGAGAUCCUAGCCAGAGUAUAGUUCCUAGCCAUAUCAGCCUAUAAAUUUAAGCAACUUUUCAUAACAUUUUUCUGUCAGCCUUAGUAUGUAAUGUAACUAUAGCAGAGUCAAGCUUUAAAUAAGAAAAUUAGCAAAACUAUUUUGAAUUUUUUGUGAGAUGCUACUGGUCUUAUCCGAUAUAAUGAUUUAUGUCCUCACACUAGGUACAGUUGCCUUGAACUAUGCAGAAGCGCGAUUGUCCCCCUGGCACAGUUCGGAAAGCAUAGUGUGAGUGCACCCUAAAAGUGCUAGUGCCAGAACGGGAGAUUAGCUGAAUUAAUUAACAAUUGGUAAAACUAAAAUGUUUAACUAAAUUUUGCCUAUUUGCAAAAAAAUUGCAUGUUCCUUUAAUGGGAAUGGGCUUCCCUCAUCUACUUGUGUUCAAUAACAUCAUGGCAUUGCCUUAUAUGUCUAAAUGCCUUGUCAAUGAUUGUACUGAUUGCAUUUUGAAGCUUGUAAAAGAAUUGCUCUGUAAGUACAAAGAUAAGGGGAGGGGGAAUUAAUAGGUAUAAAUAUUAAGUGCAAUAAUGGAACAUUUUGAGUUGAUAAUUUGUGUGUACACUGGCUCCAAAAUGCUUAACCUGAAGUUCAGGUUGUUUUGUAUAUAAAGUUAAAAUAGUUAUUUGUCAUGCUGAUGGGCAGGCAUGAAAUACUCAUUUUCCAACCUAAAGGGAAAAACGACUUUAGGUUUUCAGCAAUGCAUAGUUAGAAAGUGUUGGAUGAAGUAGGCACAUUUAUUUCAUCCUUUUGGAAUUCAUGUUUUUUUUUCAGACUGCUGCUAACAUGUUGUAUUCAGAGCAUGUUAAUCACUAUUUGUUUCUGGUUUCAUAUCAAUGUUUUUACCUCAAUCAUUGAUCAUCAGUGUUUUUCACUAAUUCAAGAACUGUUUUGAACUCAUUUCAAAAUCUCAUCUUGUCAUGUUUUCACCUCUGGAAGGAAAUGAUCAAUGUUUUAGUCCAUGAAUGAUGUAUUGUGAUGUGUGCCCCUGCCUGUUUUACACAGAUCUGACAUUAAAAUGGAAUUUGAAACUA